CAUUUUUUUCAGAUCUCUUAAUGGCAUGUGCACACAUUUCGGUGCUAGAAAUUAAACAAAAUUCCCAGAUAAAAUUCCUUAGUUUUUAACAUUUGCUCCAGACAACACGAGAAUGUGCUCGAGGACGCGAUGGGGACGGAUCGAUCCCAGUGUACAGGUCAACGUGGCGUAUGGACCAUCGAGCAGGGUGAUCAAGCUUAAUAACAAAACUCUACCGCGGCGCGUGGAGCAACAGCUUCUUCUAAUGGCUUCGCCCUCGCCUUUCCUAAACUUCAUGAACAAGUUCCGCUUGGACGAGAUCCUGAUCAACCAUCAGUACAAGGGCGUUUACAGCAUGCGCACCGCGGCGACCAUCACCGAACUGGCCACCUACACGUGGAAUGUGAUGUCCGUCUCCGAUCGCCAGCCGUAUAUCCGGCUGGCCCGGAAGGCGCAGCAGAUUCAGCAAGCGCGAAAGCUGCACUUUCUAGGCACCAGCACUCGGCCGGUGAUUAAGAGGGGUUCCCAAUGUCCCAUUGUUUUUUAAAGCUGUCUUGGCCCUUGUUUAGUACAACGGCACAAGCGGGGCUGCUGGCAAUGGCUGUGUGUCCACAAUUGAGAGUUCCAAACGGGGGCAUCCUCUGAAAAGUUUCAGUGUGCCGGGUCCACCUCCCACAGGAGCCACGCCAGUUAACAAGCAUA